CUGUAGUACUGAUAUCACUGAGGAAUUCCUGAAGUAUCCGUCGCUUCUGCAAAGAGCUAAAUGGAGAGAAGAUACCCAUUAAUAGCAGGAAGAGAAAAAGGGCCAGGUCCUGGUCGCUAUGGGCUUCCCCCCACUAUUGGAUUUAUGAGCCAUGACUUCACCAAGCCAACUAGCCCCGCUUAUUCUUUCCAUGGCAGGAUGAGUGACACCAUGUAUUGUGUAGACUCAAGUCCAGGGCCGCAGUAUCACAUUGAUGCAAAAAUCACUCGUUUUGGAAGGGAUGGCACACCUGCAUACUCAAUGUUGGGCAGAGUGAAAGCACAGAAGGAGCUAUUCCAGACACCUGGACCAGGUGCAUACAGUCCUGAGAAAACCCCACCAUGCAACCUCCAGCACAGACCUCCGUCCUACACAAUGGGCGCUCGAACACACUACCGGAGCGUUGACUCAGUACCUGCUCCUAACAGGUACUGUCUCCCUCCGUUCAUGGGCCCUCAAGUUCCAAACAAGCAAUCCAGCUCAAGCUACACAAUGUCAGGUAGUUACAGCAGAGGGGGACCAUCUGUGGACUUAGCCAAGACGCCGGGGCCCUGCAGGUACAACAGUACGGACCCAAGUGUUUAUCUCCCCAGACAGCCGGCGUUUUCCAUGCUGGGACGUCACAGCUUACCAAGAGAUGUCACCAUGAAACCUGGUCCUGGAACUUAUAAUCCAGAGAAAGUGACAGUUCACAAGACUCGGGCACCAACCUACUCCCUGGGCAUUAGACACUCGGAAUUUGUUACUCCACUAGUUGUCAAUGUUUCUGACUGAACACCAUCACAUACCCAAAAAUGAGAAACAUAAUUCUGUAAAUCUGGUAGGGAAAAAAAAAAAACAUUCAUGAGGAAACAUAUGAAGAAGUACAUUUAAUUUUGUUCUUUCAGCAACAAAGGUCAUGUUGAAACAUCCAAGACUGAGUGUCAACAUUUAUAAUAUCUAGAAAUAAUAUUAUGUACACAACAAACAUACAUUUAAAGAACAGGAAAAGACAGAAAGUUCUUUCGGGAAAAUAAUGGGCUUAAGG